AGCCAAAGAUACUACCACGGAAGCAACUACAGAAGCCAGGACUUUAGGAAUAACCGAUAAUCCGAACACCAGUGCAGAUUUCUCAGAAGUCUCAGAGGAUUUAGGAACAACCGAUAAUCCGAUAACUACAGAUCUUUCAGAAAUCUCAGAAAUAGUGUCAAAUGCCUAUGAUCAGGCAUUAACUAUGACGGAACCAACGCCGAAUAUGGAAAACAAACCUGUUACCACAGAAGCAACUAUAGAUGCUGGGGCUUUAGGAAUAACCAAUAAUCCAACAACUAUUGCAAUUCUUCCAGAAAGCUCAGAUAGCGGAAAUGUAUCAGAAGAUGAAAUCAGAGUUUUUACCAAAAUAGCCAACAAGAUAAUACAGAAAAAACUGGAAACAAUCGAGGAAAAGAUAGAUAAAGUGGUAGAAAAGAUUAAUGGCGAAGAGCAGCGUUACUCUAAAAAACUGACAAACGUUGCUUUUUUCGCUCAAAGGAACAGUAGCUUUGAUCAAAAGAAUACUAUACAGCCGUACCUCAUAAAUCGAUUAAAUGAUGGAAAGGCGUUUAACCAAGCAUCAGGAAUAUUCACAGUGCCAAUUAACGGAAACUACCAUUUCUACUUUACCGCAUUGAAGGCCAGUGCGGAGAUUUCGGGCACAAGCAUUAUCACUGUUCGGCUCUGGGCUAACAGAAAUCAGAAAGAAAAAACUGCACAAAUGUUGGCCGAAGGUCAUGUCAACUCCAACGACAUGCAUGGGUGGUUCCCUGUGAUUCUACAGGCUACAGUUAAGCUGCAAGAAAAUGACACUGUUGAGGUUGAAUUACUUGUCGGAUCCAUUCAUGAAAGUGAAAAUCUAGAACACCUUAUAACUAGUUUUGGUGGCUUUCUUGUAAGCCCUGAAAUUGUUUAACAAGACGUAGGCGAUGUCGAUUAAACACGAACUCCGAAUACCCACUAUACAUUGCGACCCCUAACAAUUUUCGUUUGAAUUUAAAACCAUAAAAAUAAAACUGCAACCUAAUAGUGUAAACAUUCCGACACAUGAUCAUCAUGAAUCGUAAUUUUUAAAAUUAUUGGUGUCACAGUACCCUUUCCCAACGGAACGCAUUGCGUCCGUGCUUCCAAAGCCAAUCAUGGACUGUACAUGAAAUUUUAGGCUUGCUUCUGGAGCACAAUCAUAUUUCUGAUGAAAUCAUUUUGGAUCAAAUCAAGCCAAUAAAAAUGAAUGUAGCAC